AUAAACAUUUGCGUAAGAGUAACGGAGAAUGAAAUAAAUAAAUAAAUAGCGCUGCACUUUAUGCCUCAUAAAACUGUUCGUAACUGAAAAUGCACACAGAUCUGUCGGCCCAUCUGCAUACUCCAGCCUGUAAUCAAUUAAUCGAAGAGCUCAAGGCCUGUCACGAUAAUAACGCUUUUGGUAAAUUUAUUGGCAUUUGCAACUCCAUCGACGACAAGGUGGUUAAGUGCCUGAAGGCGGAACGUGUAGCGCGGUCUGCUGCGAAUCGCGCCAAGGCAAGGGAACGCCAGGCAAAAUACAAGCAGAAACUGGAGCAGGGCGAAUCCAACUAAAUAAAGAUGCCA